AAAUAUGAGGUAUUUUACGUUUGACGGAUGCUACGGAGAAGACGUAAGCAGUGUUGUCUAAGCGAAAUAUUGUUUGCAGCAACGAAUAUGCGACGAAUCUGCGGGUGUCCAAUGCAUCUGUGCAACAAGGCCACCUAAGGAUGUCCACAGAUGAUAGCAUCUCUGAGGACGUGUCCAGUUCGGCCGCCCUGGGCCACGACAACACUGAGGAAUGUGGCGGAAAGGAGAGCGAGGCCUCCAUCAUCUCGUCCGAGGACUCGCCAUCAGGGCUGACUGGCCCAGAGGAAGAGCGAUCUGCCGUCCGUUCCGUGCGAACCCUUCAGGGGUUCAUCCAGGCUGCUGCGGGGGCUGUGAACAACCAAGUCUCCCCUAAAACAAAAUGCAGUAGUGGCCAUAAGAACAGGAGUCUCUCUCUCAACGUGGAGGACAAGUUCAGCUUUGGAAGAACCCUCCCAGUCAUCAACCCCAGUUCCCUGCAGACGUUAACGGCGCUGGUGCAAGAGAUCCGAAGCAGCGGCGAGACGGAUCCGGCGCUGUGGAAGGACAGUGAGGGCAGAUGGCUACAGCUCUUCCAGCUGGUGGAGAAGCAAUAUCAGGAGCAAAUCCUCGCUCAACAUGAACAGUAUCAGUGCCAAAUUCAGCUCAUACAAGAUGAAAUCAAGGCCCUAGUCCAGCUGCAGAAUAGACAGAGCGCCCCCCAGCCACCUGAGUCACCGCUCCUGGAGCUCCUUGACCUCCCAGGUGUCUCGCGUGCUUCGGGUUCAGUCUCCCCAGAGCUGGCCUCGUCGAAGACCCCGCAGUCGCAGGAGGAGCGAGCAGCUUCGGUGCUGCAGAGCAGCGGCUACGGGACUCUCUGCACCCCGGACCCAGAGGUUGGAGGCGGUGCCGCUGAGGAGCCCCACGGGGGUAGAGAUGAGCAACUCCAGCUGGCUUCUUCACCCCCUGGCUCAGCCGGUCCUGGCAGCUUUGUGUCAGACCGCAGUGCAGGACGGUGUAUUGGGACUCCUGCAGCCUCAGGACCCCCCAUUCUCACAUCCCCUGCUGAUCAGUCGAAACCCAACAGUCACACGUUGACCACUUGGGCACAGAAGCAGAAGCACAGGUUGCUGAGGAGCAAGACUGUGCAGGGCCUGCAGCCGAAGGUUCAAACUAGGCAGUUGGAUGGGCCAGAGCAGCAGAGGAGUGAGGGAAGUCCUGACAUCCAGGCCGACAGCUCUGACCGUUAUCCAUCCGUUGUCCCACCAUUACAGUCCUACCUGAGACGAAGUGAUAGCCUGGUGUCUGAAGCUUCAGGUCUUACCUACUGGAAGCUGGAGGAGAACGAGCUGUAUCACCCUCUGCCCAACAGGCUGGAUGGUGGAACGUUCCACCUGCAGCAGGAGUCGCCCCGAAGCCUGACUCCCCCAGAGGAGCCCAGGCCUUCCAUCUCUCUGAGGGAGAUCUACAGGAGCAGACACAGGGAGGCAACUAAUAUCCUCACCCUGGACACCUCCAACUCAAGUACAGCUACAACCCAGGUGUUGAACCUUGAGCUCAGCAAAGCACACAUGAGGCCAUCGAGCAGGACAUCUGGCUUCUCCUCCCCUUUCCGCUUCAGUGGCCCCUCUUUUCCUGCCCAAGUGCGGGGCUGCCAUGCUGGGGGUGCUCCCAUCAGCCCAGACUCCAUGGCAGAUGCUGGCACUGGACAGAACCACACAGACACAGACAGUGUGUCCAAUGCCAGUAGUCUUUCUGGGGCCACACCCAUCAAGCGAUCCCCUACCCAGUUCCUAGAGGGAGUGACUCUCAUUCAGCCCCGCUGUGCCUCUCCUAUGAUACACAAUGGCUUCUCAGACGCAGGCCCUGAUGAGAAGGAGGUUAUCGCCGCUGGUCAGACCCUUCCCAAAUGGGACCCCCAAGUGGUCGGAGUCCGCCAAAGAACCAGCUCACUAGAUGACCCAGUGGUCCUAUCUCUGGUGAGGCAGAACAUGCGAGAGAAGACCUCCCGCCACAUUGCUGAUCUCCGAGCAUACUAUGAAUCAGAAAUUAGCAUACUGAAGGAAAAGCUUGACUCUCAGAAGCAACAACAGAGCUUGGAAUUGGAGAAGGCGAACCAGAGCUUAUUAGACAGGUGUGAGCAGCUGGAGAGAGCUCUGAUGGAGGCCAACAACUGCAUCCAUGAGUUGGAGAGCAAGAAUCUGCUUCUGGAAAGGCAGCUGGCGGAGUGGCCGGAGAAGUACGCAGCCAGCAGCAGUGCCAUUCAGGUCCUGCAGCAGCGCCUGGAUGAGGCCUGGCGGAGCGGCCGGGAGAAGGAGACCACGACGACCCAGCUAAGGGCCCGGCUGCGGCAGGUGGAGGAGGCCCUGCAGAAUGCCCACAGCCUCUCUGAUGACAAAGACACCCAGCUGAAGAAGGAGCACAAGAUGCUGCAGGAUCUUCUUGCAGAGUAUGAAGGAUUAAACAAAUAUCACGAAAGAGUUAAGGAGAAUUUGGUUUCCACUGAGGACAAACUGUUUGAAGCGAACACACAAAUAUCCGAGCUAAGAAGGAUGGUCUCCAAGCUAGAGAUACAGAUCAAGCAGCUGGAAUACGAGAACACAAAGGCGCGCCAUGUGUCCCGCAGCCAAUCACAGCCUACUGGAGCUGGGUUCUUCCACCAUCCAGACCUGCUCCUCUCUCCCAGCAAGAGCCUUGCUGAUGUAGAAGGCAGCCGCAGGAAGACCCCCAGCCCUGUGGAUGAGCGACCCCCUGAUCAGAGCAGAGUAGACAGAGAGACUCUGCAGGAAGCAUCUAGAGCCCAUUCUCCCCCGGAAAGGGAGUCCAUGCAAGAUCAGACCGCAGGCCAGGAAUCCACACAGCGGGACAUAGCCUUCAUGCCACUUAUGAAGGCGCUCAUCCACAUGGACGAGACCAGGGCCACUGAAGGGCUAGCCCUGCGCAAGUUGGACGCCAGUGGCUCUGCCUCUGGCCCUUCUGGCCUGGUGAGUUGCAGGCCUACUGUGAGUUUUGUGGAAAGCACCAGUCGAGCAUCAGACCUCGAGAGGGUCAGUGCCCUGCAGAGGACCAGGAGGAGCCUUUCACCAGAGGGGCACCGAUCUUCCUCCCUGCCCCCUUGCACUCGCAGGAGCAGCCAGGUCCCAUUGUCUACUAAAAGGGAGACCCUGGUGGCACCACUCUCUGCAAAGUCUAGCCCCAAACGCUGUCCAACAGAGAACUUCUCCACUGCUUUCGGACAGUCCCCUUCUUGGCCAUGUCACAACAACACACGGUUUGAUGGACGAUUUGAUCAAAGCAUCCUGUUGACGUCAUCCUUACCUCACAGUUCUAGGUCUAAAAAGAAACUCCAGUUUAUGUCAGCAGGGGAUCAAGAAGAAAAUGACCAGUCGAGUAAUGGAGGUCCAAAGCCAAACCUGACAGAGAGCACCACAGGGGUGGCCUGGACAAAGCAGGGUGCCGAGGGGAGUGAACAGGAGCCCCUGGCUUCCUGUGGUGAGCCUCCCUCAUACCAUGGGCGACUGCUGUCACUGGCUGACACAGAGCGCCUGUUUGACGAACUCAAUCAAGAGAAGCAGCAGAUCGAGGCUGCGCUGAGCCGAAUCCCAGCCGCUGGGGGACGAGUCACCUUGCAGGCUAAGCUGGACGAAGAGGCUUUGGAAGAUCGACUGGAGAAAAUCAAUCACGACUUGGGGUCCAUCCGCAUGACUUUGAAGAGAUUUCAUGUUCUACGCAGCUCCAGCAAUAUAUAGUUUAUUUUUUCUGAGAUGUAUAAAACACACUUACUUUGUUUGGUACAAGAUUCCAGUUGUCAGAUAGUCUUAUAUUCUGUAUAGAAAUCAUGUU